AUGGCCGACUUUGAGCGAACUAUUCUCGAGUUCUACCAGCUGCCUACGCCAUAUCCUUCAGAAUGGCCUGCUGAAAAGGAUGCAGGCUACUCCUCGGCAGACGACGAUGGCGACACGAAGCAUGGGAGACGAAGGUCGCGAUACCAAGCCCUCGAGUCGGUGGCAGGGGGAGGUCAGACCGGAGUUGGGACUAUGGUCCAGAAGGACGAGCCUGACCCUCUCGGGACGUCUGACAGCGUCGUGCUAUCGCUCAAGAACAUGGGUCUGCCCCUGCAGGAUGACUUGCGCAUGCGGAACCGCUUCCUGCUUUCGUCUACCACUUUCUCUCCUGCACUUUUCCUAUCCCAGAUGCACGCCAAUGCCGACACGCGGAGUCUCCUGCACGGUUUAGAUGUUCUCUCCCAGUCAAUCGACCAAAAGUCCGCUUCGCUCAAGGUCCUGGUCGAGUCCAAUUUCGAGCGCUUUGUCAGGGCAAAGGCAACAAUUGACAACGUUUACAAGGAGAUGAAGUAUCGCGGUGUGGAACAGGGCCAGCCGCGAGGCAAUCGUCACACGCGGCACGCAAGUCGAGCCAGCUUUCGCAAUAGCAUUAGCGGCACGGGCCUCGGCAACCCACUUGCCCUGCCCCCGUCGGAUAAUCGCAAGAAGAACGCGCUCAUGAAGGAGAGCGAAUAUGGCGUCCUAGGAAUCAAGGCGCCACUUCUUGACGUGUCCGCAAAGGCCGAGGAUGUCUGGGGCCCCGCCCUCGGAGGUCGUGAGAAAGAGGAGCAUCUCAAGACGGUCUCGCGCCAGCUCAACCACUUCAAAGAGUACGUCGAGCUCAGCUCUGCGGUUUCCGAUAGCAUCAAGCGGAAGGAUUAUGAAUCAUUGGUGGAGAGCUACAACCGCGCCAGAAAAUUCGCCGACGAGGCUCGCCAAUUGUCGCAAACUCUUGGGGGCAACACUCCGGAUGACACUCAGCUAUAUCAGAUGGUUGUUGCCGGGCGCAUGUGGCACGAUGUGGACCAACAAGUGCAGACAUUCCGCCGAGACAUCUGGAAAAGGCUCAUAUCUCUGCACACGCAGUCCAAGUCCGAAAGCAUGACUGGUCGGGUCCAGGAUCAACACAUGGACAUUAUCGGCCUGCUACUCGAGCUUGGCGUCGAUGACAACCCGAUAUGGGUGUGGCUUCUAAGUCGCUACGACUACCUCAAAGGAAAGAUCCAGGGGACGGCAGACCGCUCAAAGGUGGAGAUUGAGGUGCUGCGACGCAGGCUCGCUAACAACGAUAAGCCAACGCCGCAGUCGCUCGCCUCCCAUCUGCGGUCUUUGGGCAGACAAUCCGUGGAGGGCAAAAACCCGACCUCUGACGCUCCCGACGUCAUUGAGUUAUGGGAGAAGAUGCUUGCUUUCCUCACGAAUCUCGUGUCGUCGCAGGGCAUUCUGGGAGAGCUUGUCGAAUUCUGGCAUACAGCAGAGGGGUUCAUCCAAGGCAAGACGCAGACAUCGCUGCCUCUAGGCUACAAUGGAGAGUCGCGGGUUCAUCACAAGCUCACACAACAAGCCGUGGCCGACCUGGAGAAGGGCAUCGUGGAGCUGGUCGACUUGCUGCGGGAGCAUGUCUAUGCCUUCUUCGCCGGCAUGCCGCCAGAGGACAUAUCCUUGCUCUUCUCCCCGCUGCCUGUGACACCACACUCACCUGCCUCGGCCGGCGGUCUGACACCCACGACGCUCCGAGACCCACGGUUUAACUUCGACCCCAACAACCCACCACCACCGUCCCCUAGAAGAGGCGAGCCGUGGGAGAAGCUUGCAUUCUGGCCCCCAUGGUCCAACUCUAUCAGCGGUGUCCACUAUCUGUCCAAGAUGCUGACACUGGUCGGCUCAGGGGCUUCCGAUAUGGCCGGCAUCAGCCCCGUGUCGUCAGGUGAUCCUUCAGUGCUGGACAGCUUGAAAUCCCUGGUGGCCAUCUCGAGAGAACGCUGCGUGACUGCACUAUGUGCUGCUUGGAACCGAGAUACGGAGAACAUCAAGUACGUCGAAGACUGGGAGAGGUCGCCCGACUCUGGCGAUGUGACACGCAUGCCGACGGCCUUUUCAUCCUUUGAGAGCGCGCUGUUGUCCGGCAUGCAAAAGAUCCUGUACAUCCCAGAUGCCACUGCCCGAGACGACGCUCGAAACAUGGUGCUGCCGCCCCCGACCAAGCUGUUGCAAAUGGUGCGGAGUCAGUACGUGACGACUCUGUACAAGGCUUUGAGUGGCAUGGUAGAGAAUGCGGAGCGCUCGGUCAAGAAAGGCGAAGACGACUGGACCACGACCCGAGGGUCGUGGCAAGGCACAUCUGCAACGCAGCUUGUCACAGGCAAGAGCACCCUCGAUCCGGGUGACAGGAACGUGCGCAUGCUGUUGACGCUGAGCAACCUCCAGUCUCUGCGAUCGCAGGUGGUCCCCAACCUGAAUGCGCAAUUCGAGAAUGCCUUCUCGGUGAAGUUGACGGACGAGUCCAAGACAAUUCGUGACGUCCUUGGGCAGAUCGACGCGCGUCUCUUCCAGUCAUACACGAAGCAGUCCGUGGAGAAGCUCCACGAUAUCAUUCAGGCCGGGCUGUCGGCAACCGACUGGGCUCCUGCUGCUGGCCAGCGUCCCCAGUCCGCCAAACCUUACAUCUACGAGGCAUUGCUCACUCUCGUGCUCGUCCACUCGCAAGUGUCCACGACCGCCGCACCGCUCACGCUGCAGGUCCUCUCCUUCCUGCUCGAGCAGACGUCGCUUCAGCUCCUCGAUGCCUUCCGCAAGCGUCCCCGGUACUCGCUCGAGGCCCUGAUGCAGGCGACGCUUGACGUCGAGUUUGUGGCGCAGACGCUCAGCCACUACACGACGGAUCGGGCGACGGAGUUGCAGAGCCAGAUUUACCAGGAGCUCGACGGGCGGACCGACAAUGACGCGCGCGCACGGCUCCAGAAUGAGCUGCCGGAGAUGCGCAGCGUGCUGAAGAAGCUGCGCGAUGCGAGCAAGAAUGAGUUUGCUUGCUUCAAGAAGCCGAAGCGGCAGGGUCAGAGCACUUCCAAGUCCGAUACGAGUAGUGUAGCUACCUUUACAAGCGCGUAG